AUGGGGGCUUCCGGGGCCCAGAACCUCCUGCCAGGUGCUCUGUGCCUGUCUGCGAUCUGGGCAGUGCUGUCCCCCAUCUGCUGUUCCCAAGACCCACCAAGGUGGCGCUUCACCUCCUCAGAAGUUGUUAUCCCCAGGAAGGUGCCCCACAGAAUGGAUGGAAGCAAGACGCCAGACCAGCUCUCCUACAGCAUGCGCUUCCGAGGCCGGAGGCACGUGAUCCACAUGAAGCUCAAGAAGAACUUGCUGCCAGAACACUUCCCUGUUCUUACCAACAAUGACCAAGGGGCCAUGCAGGAGGACUACCCCUUUGUCCCUCGAGACUGUUACUACUACAGCUACCUGGAGGGGGUUUCUGGCUCCGCAGCCACGCUGGACACCUGCUCUGGAGGUCUGCGCGGCAUGCUGCAGGUGGAUGACUUUACUUAUGAAAUCAAGCCACUAAAAUCUUCUUCCAAAUUUGAGCAUAUAGUUUCUCAGCUUGUGUCACAAGCUGUAUCAGAAGAUGAAAGAUGUAAUAUUCCGGAGGAUGAGGCAAAUCAAAUUCUCAAAGAGGUAAAACUUGCAGAAAGUCCAAGAGCUGCCCCUGCUUAUUUGUGGCGGGUACAUCGAAAACGGGCACAUCUUCACUACACAGUAAGUAACUCACUCUGGCUUCUGCAGAGAAAUCGCACUCGUGUUAUAGAGAAUGUCGUGAUUAUGAACAACAUCAUACAUAGCAUUUAUAGACCACUGGGCUUAAAUAUACUCAUACGUGUUUUGUGCAUAUGGGAAGACAGGGAUCAAGUGGUCUUAGACAACGGUGAAUUCACGUUCCCUUCUGUCGUGAUGAGGAGGUUUGGUAUGUGGAAACUAAGAAAUUGGUACACUAGCAUUCCUCAUUCUACUUCACUACUUCUUACAGGACAUAAAAUGGGAAGCAGCAUUUAUAGUGGUAACUCAGACACUAUAUGCAACCCCAAUUGGGGAGUAGCAUUUGUGUGUGUGUCGCGGUAUCACCUAUUUCUGGCUUCAACAAUAGGAGCUCAUGCAAUAGGUCAUAACUUAGGACUGGUGCACGACACUGAAGGUUGUGUCUGCUUUCGAAGAAGUGCUUGUCUUAUGACUCCUAUGCCUGGUCUCUAUGAUAUGGCCAGCAAUUGUUCUUUUGAAAACGUCCACAAAAGGCUUUUUAAUUGGGACCCUUGCUUGAGUUUGCAUUUUCCUCCGUACGAUAAUUUUCCUUAUGUAGCUCCUCGUUGUGGAGACAAGAUAACAAAUAAUGAUGAGGAGUGUGACUGCGGGUCUUUGAAAGAAUGUGCCUCAAAUACGUGCUGUGGAACCAAUUGUAUUUUCACACUUGGCAGUGUGUGUGAUGGAGAGAGUUGCUGCCAGGACUGUAAGUAUGCGGAACCUGGAACUAUGUGCAGAAACACACUUGGUAUUUGUGAUCUGCCAGAAUACUGUAGUGGGAAAAAUGAAAUAUGCCCCAAUGACUUCUAUAUCCAAGAUGGAACCCCAUGUUCACCAGUAGCUGUUUGUAUGAGAGGAAACUGCAGUGACCGUGAUUUGCAAUGUCAAGCUCUCUUUGGAUUCCAAGUAAAAGAUGCUCCUCCACCAUGCUAUGAAAAAUUGAAUAUAAUUGGUGACCGCUUUGGAAACUGUGGACUUAGGGAGCUGAGACCAGGAACUAUACCUAGUAAAUGUGAAAUUGAUGAUGUUCUUUGUGGAAUAUUGCAUUGUAGCCGUCCUGAAGAAGUUCCGGGAGGAGGUGAACACACUACAUUUCAUGAUAUAAUAGUACAGGGAGCUAAACAGAUACACUGCUUUGGAUAUGAUGUACACCAUGGGACGGAGUUACCAGAAAUGGGACUUGUAGUAGAUGGUGCAACCUGUGGCCCAGGAAAAUUCUGUCAUCGACAGAAUUGCACUUUUCAUCAAGAUAUGGGUUUUGACUGUGAUGUGCAGACAUGCAACUACAGAGGAGUGUGCAAUAAUCUAAAACAUUGCCACUGUAUACGUGGCUUCAAACCACCAGGCUGUGCAGAGAAAGGCCCCGGUGGCAGUGUGGAUAGUGGUUCUCCACCUGACAAAGAAGAAGCUGUUCAAGCCAAAGUACUUGCCAUUCCAAACUAUGUAUUAGUUUUCCUUACUGUUCGUUUUGGUCUUUUUAUGGCUUCAAUUCUUAUUGGUGGACUUACAAAAGCAAAAAGAGCUAUAGACAAGAGAGUAUACCAUGAUGAAUAUGAAGUUGAACCUUAG